AGCGUGCAAUUUUUAAACGUCAUUAGUAUAAUUUUAGCGACUUUUAGUGAUUGCCGCAACUUAAAAAUAAUCGUAUCAUCGUACUGCAACCGCAGUCAUCGGGACAUGACGAGAAAUUUAUUUCUAGUCUGACUGUAUUGAAAUAAUUUUGUAACGAUGGUGCAAGUGAGGGUGGCUGAAGGUGUUCUGGAUGGAGAAUCAGUAACCAGUGGAGGCAAGACGUUCUACAGUUUUAAAGGCAUCCCGUACGCUGCACCUCCAGUAGGAAAUUUAAGAUUCAAGGCUCCCCAACCGCCGAUCCCAUGGGAUGGAGUCCGAGAUGCCAAAAAGUUUGGUGACAUUUGUUAUCAAUUCAACUAUUUAACGCAAUCCCGCGAGAAAGGCAGCGAGGAUUGUCUUUAUCUCAACGUUUACUCGCCCAAUUUGAAGCCGGCCCAACGUUUGCCGGUCAUGAUCUGGAUCCACGGAGGCGCCUUCUGUUGCGGCAGCGGCAACGACGACAUCUACGGACCCGACUACCUCAUCGAAAACGAAGUAAUCCUCGUCACCCUAAACUACAGACUAGAAGUCCUUGGAUUUCUGUGUCUGGACACCGAAGACGUUCCAGGCAAUGCGGGAAUAAAAGACCAAGUCGCCGCAAUGAGAUGGGUCAGAAAGAACAUCUCUAACUUCGGUGGUGACCCUGAAAACAUCACCAUUUUUGGACAGAGUGCUGGAGCCGCCUGCGUCACCUACCACUGUGUCUCGCCGAUGACCAAGGGUCUGUUCAAAAGGGCCAUCGCUCAAAGCGGAUGCAUGCUGAACUCCUGGGCGCAUGCCUACAGACCGCGCGAAAGAGCAAUCGCUCUGGCUAAGCACUUAGGAUGGACUUCGGAACAAGAACAAGACCUCUAUGAGUUCUUCAAAUCCCAACCCAUGGAAUCUAUUGCGGAAAUUCAAAUACCGAUAAUGGCGCGCGAAACAGAUUUAUCAAUGUACGAAAUUCAGUUUACAGUUGUUAGUGAAAAAAUAUUUCCUAACGUUGAAACGUAUUUUACUGGUGAUAUUAUAGAAGCACUCAAAACGAAUAUACACGAAGGAAUCGAACUAAUUAUAGGCUACAAUGAAGAUGAGGGAACUUCGAAUGUAAUGGUGACUCGCAACAUGGAAAAUAUGAUUAAUCAAGCAAACACCUAUGAUGACUUUUUUCUCUCAAAACCCUUGUCUUUAUACUGCAGUGUAGAUGGUGAUAAAAUUGAUAUGGCAAACACAAUGAAAAAAUAUUACUUAGGGAAUAAAAGAGUGCAGAUAAAAAAUGUAGACGCAUUAUCGAAUUAUUUUUCUGCCGAAGGCAUCAAAUUUGGGAUAUGGGAGUUCGCAAAAUAUUUCGCUGCCCAAAACAAAGUGUACAUGUAUAAAUUCGGUUGUAAAUCUGAGAGGAACUUAUUUUCUAAAAUAUAUGGCGUGACAAAAUACUACAACAACGCACAUUUGGUGGGGCACUGUGAUGAAAUGGGAUACCUUUUCCCAGUCAAAAUUAUAAAACAGAAUAUUAAGGCGUCUUCUGACACGUUCGCGAUGAUCAAAACGAUGUCAACAAUGUGGACUAAUUUUGCAAAACAAGGGAACCCAAACAUAAACUCCGGUCUAAUGCCCAUGUGGAGGCAGUUCAAAGCUGACUCACAGCACUACCUGAUGAUCGGGAGGGACCUGAUCCGGCGCAGGAUACCUGACAAGGAAGAGCAAGAAUUCUGGCAAAAUUUGUACAACAAAUACUUACCUCGUUACCUUUACCAGAACUGUAACAAACUAUUAAGUGUAUAAUAAUUGCUGUAAAUUGAGGAGAUGACGAGUAUUUUUAGGCGAUCCCUUCCAUUCGCAUACUGGUUUACUUCUAAUAUACUUUGGCAUAAAAUCCUUGGUAUAGUUUUUUAUCGCAUAAUAUUACAUUAUGCCAAAAUUUACAGGUUGACUUUGAAAUCGUUGGCAUUCUUUUAUUAAAUGACUCUACUCAUGAUCCAUAGUGCAUUCCCCAAAUAUGAGACAAACCCAAUGAGUUGAAAUAUUUAAAAUCUUGCACAGACACAUCAAGCUGGAUACUUACUGUGGCAACUUACUUGUGGAUUGGUCUCAUAUUUGUUCUAUGUAUCAUGAGUAGAUUCUUAUUUUAAAAGGAUACCAACGAUUUCAAAGUCACCCUGUACGUAUUAUGCCUAAAAAUUUUAUGCAAAUGGAAAGGGAACAUUUUCAUAGAUUAUUAAGAUCCGGUAUCAGGCAUACCACUUUCAUCAUGCAUUUAACUGGAAGCUUGGCUGAUUUCUGUAGGUAUUAUUUUAAGUAUCGCCGACAAAAUUGUUUGUUAACCUAAUAUUAAUGAUUCGUUUCGUUCGUUUGCCUCCUGUCACAUAAAAAAAAACAUUAAUGAUAAAUAAAUAGUUUAAAAGAGCUUUUUUCAUUAACAGUGCAUGGGGCUUAAUAAAUAAGUAAAAACAAACUAUGAAUUAGAUAUCUAUGUAAUUACUGUUUAAAAUUGUUUUUGUUUGCUUUUUUAUGGUUAUUAUUUUUUGCCAAAUAA